AUGUUGGGUAGAUUGAGUCAUUUGGAGUUGAUCCAGUUAGCGCAUAAGAGAUGUGUGACACCUUUAUCACCAAAAUUUCACAAGGGCCAAAAUGGUAGAGUUUGUAUCAUUGGAGGGUGUGAGGACUAUACAGGAGCACCAUACUUCAGUGCUCAUGCGACAGCAUUGAUGGGUUGUGAUAUGACCCAUGUUAUCUGUGAGAAGGACGCUGCAACGGUAAUCAAGUCAUAUUCGCCCAAUUUGAUGGUACACCCUUAUUUGAGGAUGGGUAAAUUGGGCGAAAUGCCCAAGAUCAAGCCGCUGCUAUCCAAAAUGCAUGUGUUAGUGAUAGGCCCUGGUUUAGGAAGAGAUGAGGGAAUGCUCAAAUCCGUCAAGGAGAUUGUUAGGAUCGUACUUGAAGAACACGACGGCAUGAUCCCAAUAGUGUUCGAUGCCGAUUCGCUGUACCUGUUAACCCAGGAUCAGGAAGUCAGAGACAUGGUUCGUCGUUUCCCCAGUGGUAGAAUAAUUCUAACCCCCAAUGUGGUCGAGUUCAAGAGGAUCAAAGAUGUCAUAGGGGAAGACUCGGAAUCUGUUGAAGCCGGAGCAUACAUAGCCAAGAAACUUAAGUGCAUUGUUGUGGAGAAGGGCACAGAGGACAAGAUUUUCUCACCAAAACCUUUCCAAGACAACAAGGAUAAGUCCUGGCUAGUGAGUUCCGUCGAAGGUAGCAAUAAGAGAGUAGGUGGACAAGGGGAUACUUUAACCGGCACAAUCGCCUGCAUGCUGGCAUUCAGUCGAGCCAGACACGAUUUCAAAUUAUGUGGAGACGACAGCGAUUCAAAGUUCGAAUGGCUAGAUUACGCCAUGUUAAGUUGCUACGUCGGCUCUACUGUGACUCGUGAAUGCGCAAAGCUAGCAUUCACCGCCAAAAAGCGUGCAAUGCAAACCUCCGACAUGAACGAUCGUGUCGGUGAAGUCUUCGACAAGCUAUUCGGAUAA